CCUGACGAGAGUUCUGGCUCGGGCUCCUAUGUUCCGACGGACCGACAAUUCGAUUUCGUUCCUACCACCAACGAUCCCAUGCGCCCAAAUUUCGUUCAGACUGGUCUUCGCAGCUACUGGAUUGGCCGCUACUACCCUACUGGCACCUCUGCUCAGACUUGGGCAAUCGAUGGUUGCCAAGCCCUCGAGAUGGCCGGCGACUUGAGAAAACAGGUCACUGUAGGCAGAUGGAUUGCUGUUUGUGAUUCAUGCCUUUUGGACUGUGCUGGAGGUCAAUGGGAAAAGACUUGUCAGAUCAACAUGCAAAGUAAAGAGAUCACCUCAGCCGUCCAGUUCAUGGGAGGAUGUAGGAAAUGUGGCCGUAACUUCAACGAGUUUGUGCCAGGUAUCUGA